AUGACUACUCUGAAGAUUUUCUAUCUGUUCUUGGCAACAGUUGCUCCUUCGGCAGCUUUGGCGCCGUCGUCCCCUUUGGACUUUAAAUCCGUUCGCGUUGGCCAGAACGUGACCUUGAAAUGUUUCUACCAAGGCAGUAAUGGACCGAUCUUUUACUGGUACAAAAAAAGCAUGGGGGAAAAAGCCCAGCUCAUGUCUGAGUUCUACAAACACAAACAAAACGGCUCUCUUCACAGCGACCUGAUCACCGGCGAUCCACGAUUCAAACCGGAACCCGGCAGCGGCGAAUUCCACCUGAAGAUACUGAAUGCGCAAGUGUCGGACUCGGCCACGUACUACUGUGUCAGCCUGUUUUCCCAUGAGUUUGACUUCUUGGAGGGCAUCGAUGUCCAUGUGGAAGGCCCGGGCUUGAAAACCGAAGGCCUGUCGGAGUCGGAGAACGCCCGGCCGGGCGGCUCUGCGACGACACACUGCACGUUACGAAAUGGGACCUACGAUGGAGAGCACGGCUUUUACUGGUUCAAAGGCUCUGAAGACUCUUUCCUGAAACUAAUUUACACCCACAAAAGCAGCGGCAAUAUGAGUGACAAGAAAGCAAACACAAAAACACACAGCUGUGUGUUCGUCCUGCCCCUGGAUGCGUCUCAAGCUGUGGACUACUACUGCGCCGUUGCCUCAUGCGGACAGAUAGUGCUCGGAAACACAACUAACCCGGACUUAACAUACGACUCAGUUACCAUUUUUCUGAGUGCAGCCUGUGCGUUCACCUCUGCCCUCAGUCUUUUACUGGCUUUGUUGGUGUGCAAAAUCACUAAGAAGACAAAAUGCAUAUCUUCAGAGUCCCAACCAAAGCACCCGUCAGCACAUGUGAAGAGCUAUCACACUGCAGUAGCCGUGGCGACCGACAGCUCGAUGAGACAGAAGGAUGGAGUCUGGAGUGAAUGUGUUUACCACAGAUAUUAG